CGAUUGACCAAAGUUAGAGAGAGAGAGGACCCAUCUAAUAGUCCUCUGAUUCCAUUAGAAUGAUGCUGGAUCAGGUUGUGCUGUUAGCAGCUGUUACAGUGCUGGGGAUACUGGAACAAGCAUACUUCUCGUUAAAGGUGAUUUAUGCACGGAGAAAGUACUCUGUUUCUCCUCCGGCCACAACUGGGCCUCCAGAGUUUGAGAGGGUCUUUCGAGCCCAAGCAAACUGUUCCGAAUAUUUCCCCAUAUUUGUUUUCUCGCUUUGGGUGGCUGGAGUUUUCUUCAGUCAAGCUCUUUCAAUAUUGUUUGGACUGUUGUACCUUUAUGGGCGGUAUCUGUACUUCCAUGGCUAUUCAGAGUCCUCUCAGGGCAGACUGGAGCCCCUGUACUUCAGUGCAAAGGUGCAGUGGGUGCUGAUAGCUCUGGCUGGGCUCGGGGUGAUCUGCACCAUGACUCAAGCUUAUCUGGGUCUGGAUCUGCUUCACUUCUUUAGUCAUGUUCUGGGCCUGACUGAUCACACAUAAAGACAGGAAGUGCUGGAUUUCUGCAGGAAGCUGAGGGCAGAGACAGAUUAAAAAUGAAAGAAUCCUGAAUGGAAUGGGUGACUAACAAAGUCAGAUGUGGAAACAUAAUAGAGGGCAGCUAUUUUUUUUUUAUAUAUAUAUUUUUAUUUAUACAUUUUAUAAAAGGAGAUUUGUAUGUGUAUGUCAAAGUGUAACAGAUCUAAAUAAUUUUUUUCUUUAACAUUUCCUUUCUAUUUUUACUGUAACAUGGCAUAUGUUUUUUGUAAAGGAUUUCUUUUUAUUUAAUCUUUUCCCUCUAAAAGUCUGUCUGAUCUUUGAUAAUUUUCUGCUGAUAAUGUAAAACUAAAAUUAAUUCCACUGCUUUAGGAAAGACUCCAAAAUGCCGAAUUCACUGAGUUUACAUACAUUUUGACAACCAAUGUAUACCUUUGAAAGCUAGAAUAAUAAUGAACACAUGCAAUACAUUAUUAUUUUUACAUUUUGCCUUUAAAAGCUGUUAAAUGAUUGUAUUGAACAAAGUAUUGUUCGUAUAUUAGAAACAGCCAUAACUGGUUUAUUUGAUAUAUUAUUGUGUCAUGUACACACAUAAUUCCUGACAAAAGUAAGGUUGAAAAGCCAUUAUUUCUUGCAAUUGCGACUAUCUAUUGCAGAAUUGAGACUUUCUAUUUGGAGAUCAGCCAUUACAGAAAUACUCAAACCAGCCCGUCUGGCACCAGCAAUCAUGCCAUGGUCAAAAUCACUGAGAUUACAUUUUGUCCCCAUUCUGAUGGUUGAUGUGAACAUUAACUGAAGCUCCUGACCGUAUCUGCUUGAUUUUAUGCAUUGCACUGCUGCCACAUGAUUGGCUGAUUAGUUAAUCGCAUGAAUAAUUAGGUGUACAAGUGUUCACCUAAGUCCUACUUGGUUGUUUUUACCAUGUUAUAUGUCAGCCUAUAUGUAGACCUAUGUGUAAUGUGGCAUGGAUAGGGAAUGGUUUAAUUUUAAGAACAUUACACAAAUUUGUCCCCUACAAAGUCAUUUACGCAUCUGUGUUAACUGACAUAGAUUUUUUUUUUUUUUUAAAUACAUUGAUAGAUUAAUAUAAAAACAAAAAAUACAACUAAAUAAAAACCAAGAAACACAGUUGGUAAAAUAACUGAAAUGACACUAAAUAAUACUUUGGAAGUAAAAACGAAUUAACUUAAAAUACCAAAACUAUAACAACCUUGUCGAAGACAUAAAAAAUCUGGGGGUAAAAAAAAAAUCAUCAUACAAUUCUAAACAUAUACAAUAUUAUUAAUUAUUGGAGGAGUUUGUUUUUUUUUUUUUUAAUUUGAGGGGUUUUCUGUAAAAUGAGACCAAUAUUUAGCAAUUAAUCCACUGAUUGUGUGUAAUGUAAACAUUUAAAUAUGGGUGUGAAAAAUUGCAGGUAGCAACCAAAAUAUGCAGAUUUGAAGGGGUUAAAUACUUUAUAUUUAUACAUAAUAAAUACAUAUGUGCACCUUUCAGUUUGAUGGAAAUCGUGUACAGUUGAAAUGCAUAAAUCUACAUUCCACAUCAUUUUGUCAAAGGUUUAUAAUUUGUGUAAAGAGAGAAAUACAUUUAUAAUCUCUGCAAUUUAAAAAUGAAGUAUGUUAAGUUUGAACGAAAUUACUCCCCAAUAACUAAAUAAAACCUAAAUACGGAAGCUCGGAGGCCUUGCGUUAUUAUUAUUAAUCUCGUUUUCUCGUGAUCUCGAAAUAACAAAAAGUUGUUGUUUCCUUUAAUUUCCUCAAAAAACUAUUGAAAUUGACCAAACGUUCAGGGUCACUGUAUUGUCUACGACAAAGUUGUAGACGUGAUAGUCUUCUUCUAAGGUGUCUGACACUAAUAUGGAAGUGACAUACAGCUAUUUCAGCUUGCGUGAGUCCUUGAUCAAAGUAAUGACGUAGAAAACUAGACAGAAAAAUAAUAAUAACUAAUGGCCUCUUUGCGCUUCCGUACCUUAAUGAUGUUCGCUCUUAAAAUAUUUUUUCCUUUUUACUUUCUUGUUUCCCCCCUUGGUGGCGCUACAACACCCUGUAAAUGGUGUAAAUACUCUUCACCUGUCAGUAAAGUGUCAUCCUCUCUAGAUCAGUGGGACUUAUGUAUUACGUUUUCUUAUGUGUUUCCAGUUUCUCUCACUUGGAAAAUGUUUUUACUCAGUACUGAAAGCUUUUGCCUAAAUUUCAAUGUAUAAUUAUUUAGAGGAACAUGCACGGUUGAAUGUAGUGCUGACAGCAUAUUGAAGGUACAUUGCAUUAAUCUGGUUGUAUAUUUACAGAUAUUUAAAGGUACAGUUCACCCAUAAAUGAAAAUUCUCUCAUCAUUUUCUCACCCUGUUGCCAUCCCAGAUGUGUAUGACUUUCUUUUUUCUGCUGAACACAAACAAAUAUUUUUAGAAGAAUAUAUAAGCUCUGUUGGUCCAUACAAUGCAAAUGAAUUGUGACAAAAUCUUUGAAGCUCCAUAAAGAACAUAAAGGCAGCAUAAAAGUAAUCCGUAUGACUCCAGUGGUUCAAUCCAUGUGUUCUGAAGUGAUCUAAUUGGUUUUGGGUGAGAACAGUCCUUUUUCACUAUAACCCUGUCUCCUUGCCAAUCAUAAUUUCAAGCUUGAUUACAUUUCUUAGCGUCAUGUACUAGGAAGUGUUAUCGAGCUUGAAAUAAUGAUUGUGCCUAGAGACUGCGAUGGCAAGAUGUAAAGUGAAUAAAGUUACAUUUUGGUCUGUUGUCACCCAAAAUCGAUUAAUCACUUCAGAAGUCAUGGAUUAAUCCACUGGAGUCAGAUGGUGCCUUUAUGUGCUUUUUGGAGCUCCAAAGUACUGGCCACCAUUCACUUGCAUUGUGUUACUACAGAGCAGAGAUAUUCUCCCAUAGAUAUUUGUGUGUUCAGCAGAAGAAAGUCAUUCACAUCUGGAAUGGCAUGAGGGUGAGUUAAUAAUGACAGAAUUUUCAUUUUUGAUGAACUAUCCCUUUAAUGGUAUUUUCUGAGGAUUAUAAGGGUAAUAUACAUUACAAUUACAAGGAAAGAAAGCAAUGAAAGUGACUGGUGACUCAGUUUCAGAAAAGUGCCUUGACAGAUUCGACUUUUUAUUUUAGCUUCAUUUAGCGUUCCUCUGCAUUUCAAAGGUACAAUUAGGACAGGAAAUCAGUUUUUUACAUCCUUAAAUGCCUCUUUGAAGAAACAUUCUGUGUCAUGUGGUGUAUAAUGACCCUCAGGAAGCCACAAUAAAACCUGUGGUGUACCCUACGGAGAAUGUGGGAUUUCCAAAUUAGAUUUGAAAGAGUGUUGUCCUCUCUCUGAAAAUAGUUCACUGUUGUGGUUCAAACAAGCCACAACAGUCUGUUUUGUCAACAGCUUAUUGCUUCAAUACAAGACACAUGUUAAAACUGAUUUCAUUUUUAUAGAUUAAGCCAUCACUUACUAUUAGGCUGUGAUAUUUAUGUCAAAUUGAUUGAAUUAAACAUCAUUAAGGUAUUACGCAUGAGCUUCAAAUUCACUCCAUGCAUGCAAAGAAUGCAUGUUUUCUCUUAUCCGAGUCCUUGUGGUGGUCAGUUGGUUUAAGGUGGUAUUCUUAGCAGCAAUCUAUUUAGCAGCAGAAAUAUUUAGGUCAAAGAGACCGUAAUGUGUCAAUUGGGUGUAUCCAGAGUCCAUAAAACUUAAAUAACUAUUUUUCCCUUCUUCUAUGUUCAUUUUGUGCUAACACAUUUUGUGUUCCUAGUCAAAUGACCGACCCUCUAAGAUUGCCUCCUUCACAUUGCAUAUAUUAUCACAAGAUAUUGCAUUAGAUAUUAUCAGCUUCUUUUUUUUUUUUGUAAUUAUGACAGGUUAUACCCAUUAAUACCCAU